AUGGCUUAUCCUCCUCGAGGUCGCGGUGGUUCCGGUGGUGGUUUCAGAGGUAGGGGCGGUGACAGAGGAGGUAGAAGUUUUGGUGGAGGAAGAGGUACACCUUUUAAGGCUCGAGGUGGUGGUGCUGGUAGAGGUGGAGGAGGUAGAGGAGGUCGUGGAGGAGGCCGCGGUGGCGGGAGAGGCGGGAUGAAGGGAGGAAGCAAGGUUGUUGUUGAACCUCAUAGACACCAAGGAAUUUUCAUUGCUAAGGGUAAACAGGACGCUCUUGUUACUAGAAAUCUUGUUCCCGGUGAAGCUGUUUACAAUGAGAAGAGGGUUUCUGUGCAGAUUGAGGAUGGUACCAAGGUUGAGUAUAGAAUUUGGAACCCUUUCCGAUCUAAGUUGGCUGCUGCCGUGCUUGGUGGAAUCGACAACAUAUGGAUUACACCUGGUGCUAAAGUGCUUUACUUAGGUGCUGCAUCUGGAACAACAGUCUCUCAUGUGUCUGAUAUUGUUGGUCCAACUGGAGUUGUUUAUGCGGUAGAAUUUUCCCAUCGAAGUGGGCGUGACUUGGUCAAUAUGGCGAAGAAACGGACUAAUGUUAUACCGAUUAUUGAGGAUGCUAGACAUCCAGCCAAGUAUAGAAUGUUGGUUGGCAUGGUAGAUGUGAUAUUUUCUGAUGUUGCUCAGCCUGAUCAGGCAAGAAUUUUAGCUUUGAAUGCUUCGUACUACCUCAAAGCUGGAGGUCAUUUUGUUAUUUCUAUCAAGGCCAAUUGUAUCGAUUCCACAGUCCCUGCUGAGGCAGUGUUCAUCAGUGAAGUGAACAAGUUGAAAGCAGAUCAAUUCAAACCAUUUGAGCAAGUAACUCUUGAACCAUAUGAGAGGGACCAUGCUUGUGUUGUUGGUGGUUACAGAAUGCCUAAGAAGAAGAAAGAUGCUUAG